AUGACACUUACACAAUAUUUCGUCGUGGUCAUACUGAAGCUCUCUCUGGCAGCCGUUGCAUUCUCUCCCUCACUCUACGAUACCUACAACUUCAAUCCUCUAGAGCACUUGGCAGGCAUCGCUCCAUAUUUUGAGCCCAAUGAUCCCCCUCGAAAUCCCAAUCCUCCAGACGGCUGCACCGUCACCAAGGCGGCCUAUCUCGUCCGGCAUGCCGCCAUUAAUGCCAAUGACUUCGACUACGAGUCGUACAUGGAACCCUUCCUGACCAAGCUGAAGAACCAUACAAACAUCAAUUGGGGCGGUCUCCCUUCCCUGGCCUUCCUUUCGACGUGGGCACCCCCAUCUUUCGCGGAACAAGAACAUGUCACAAGAGUCGGUAAGCUGGAAGCCGCGCAGCUGGGGGUGGAAGUGUCGUUUCGAUACCCGAACUUCAGAGCGCCUCGCAAUGUAUGGGCGUCGACGGCACAGCGCACUGUUGUAUCUGCCGAAUCUUUCAUUCGUGGCUACGAAACCGCCGACAACAACAUCUCGUUGGUACAGAUAUAUGAGAGUGAAGAGGGAGGAGCAAAUACUCUCACACCCUACGACAGUUGCCCGGUGUAUUCGUCCUCGGCCGGAAGCGAACAGUCUCAGCGAUACCUGUCCAAGUGGACUAAGCCGUACCUCUCUCGCUUGAACCAUGUCUUUUCGAGCUUCAACUUUACCGCCGACGACAUGGUAGGAAUGAUGGAACUGUGUGGCUAUGAGACUGUCAUUCGAGGAUCAUCGCCUUUCUGUUCGCUUGACCUUUUCCCACCGGACGCAUGGCUCAGCUUCGAAUAUACCAAUGAUCUCAUGUACUUUUACAACACGGGUUAUGGACAGCCCGUUGGUGGCUACAUUGGAUUUCCAUGGGUGAAUGCGACCAUGGGCCUUCUCAGCUCCGACGGUGCGUCCAGCCCCCAGGAUCUGUAUGUCAGCUUCACUCACCGAGAGUUCCCACCCACGGUUCUCGUCGCAUUGGGUCUCUUCAAUAAUACCGACUUCAUCGGAGGAAAUCCAAACGACAGCAUGCCGCUGGAUCGCAUAAAUUACAAUCGAGCUUGGGUGUCGUCUUACAUUCUGCCGUUCUUGACCAAUGUUGCGAUUGAGCGGAUGAACUGCUCGGCCAGAACAAGCACUUACGGCGAUGGAGGCAGCUCGCCGUAUUAUCGUGUGCUUGUGAACAACUCCCCACAAACGUUACCAGGGUGUAAUGAUGGUCCCAACGAAAGCUGCAGCUCGGAAGGGUUGUCAAACUGGCUGGCUGAGCGCGCCGCAAUGUUUCACGGCUUCUCGGCGGCUUGCAACACCGGUGCUGAUUACAAGAACUCGACGGAUAUGGUGACGUUCUAUGAGAACGGCGGAAAUGGGAGCUUCGUGGGCUGA